UGUUUUCUGUUUAUGCUUUUAGAUCUUGUAUUAAACCUUGAUGUACAAUGGCCAGCCAAGAAGAAAGAGAUAAUUACUUCAGCUUGACUCUUCUGUUGUUCCGUGUUGGGAACCAAAAGUUAAGAGAGUAUUUUAAGACACAGUGGCCAAUAGUAUACCAGCAUGUUAGACCUGGUACAGUACCACCCCCUUGGAAUGACACACCACAUGAUGCAGCAGAAAUGAAAAAAAUACAGCCAUCCAAACUGAAAUUCAAGUUCAAAGAUGAAGAAACAAAGUUUAACUCAGGAAACACAAACGACUGGGACUUCUCACUUCUCACCUCAGUGCUACGAUAUUCAUCUUUGCAAUUUGUGCUGCCUUCCAGUCCUGAAAGUAAAGCGUUAGAUGAUCUUAAAAAAAUCCGUAACAGACUAAUAGGACAUGCUACUGAUGCAGCAAUAACUGAUGCAGUAUUUAAUACAGCAUGGGCAGACACCUGCAAUGCGUUAGCACUGUUCAAUGCAUCUGCUGCUGACUUCAAGUGUGUACAAGAUGAUGUGAAAAAGCCAUUGGAUGUGUUGUACCCAAUGCUGAAACAGUGUGUUGAACAAGAGAAAGAAAUAAAAGAUUCUGUUGACACAAAGGAAGAUGUCAAGACCAAAAAACCAAGAACUACAAUCAMCAACAGAGAGAGGGAUUAUGCUAAAGAUUCUGAAAUGCUUAAAAAGGCAAUAAAAGCCAACACAGAGUACCAAACCAAGUAUGGUCACGACGCUUUCAGCAGACCACAAGAACAAACAAAAAAGGUGGUACGCGAACACUUAGAAAAAAAUGAGAACCUAAUAAGUUUUUGUCAUAUUCCGCUAUUGUCUUUCUUGCUGUGCUGGUGUUUAGAAUGGCGAAUUAGUCAUUUUGGAAUCUCAGAAAAUCUACCCGCUAAAAUAACUGAUCUUUAUGAUGAGGUUGCUAAAGUCUUGGUACAAAAAGUCCAUGCAACUCUCAAAUAUUCAGAAAUGUCAGAAUAUGCAAAGAAAAUAGCUGAAGAAACGCUAGGUAAACUAGCUAAAUUAGCAGCUACUUUACUGAAGAAAAGUACUUUUGACGAAGAAGACAUGAAAAAACUAGGCCUUACCGAGGACGAAAUUGAAAACUUGAAAGUAAGCGGCAUUCUUCAUUGUGUUCCUGGAAUUAGAAUUUCUGUUUUUCAAACAAAAGAAGAGUUUAGUUUCACUCAUUUGACUCUGCAGGAAUAUCUCUCUGCUUCUUUUUUUGUGAAAAAUAAGGAAAUUCCAGAGAAAGAGAAAGUGAGUGGGCAGACGUUUGUGUUUAUGUGUGGACUUUUGUCGAAGGAAAAAGAUCAUGGAGAACAACUAAUGAAUAAACUAAUCCAACAGAUAUCACCUAAGGAUAAUAGAUUUAAGCUAAAUAAACUGCGAAUGUUACAGUGUCUGUAUGAGUAUGGAGAGGAAGAACUAACUGCAAUAACCAUGAAUAAUCUGUACGAUAAAUACUGUAAUAUGUAUGGGUACAUUAGUUUUAAAGUAACUGAUGCUGAUGUGAAAUACGUAUCCUAUUUGUUGGAUAUCAUUCGUUCACUAAAAGAACAACAUCCACAGUCAUCUAGUGAUUAUACUUUGUACAUUCGUGGUUUAACCUCGUUUGGUGUUGGUGUUGUUUGUCGUUCGCUUGUUCGUAAUUCGUUCAUAACUAAACUGGACCUGUCAGAGUGUAGUUUAGAUUAUAAAUGUGUAGAAAAAAUAACUGACUCGUUAUUAAACACAGGAAUAACUUACCUAGACCUAACAAAGAAUAAUAUUACAGAUGAAGGAGUGAAGAGUAUUUGUAGUGUACUACCACAAACUAAAAUAACCGAGCUAGACCUAGGGUAUAAUAAUAUUACAGAUGAAGGAGUGAAGAGUAUUUGUUGUGUUCUACCACAAACUAAAAUAACCGAGCUAGAUCUAGGGUAUAAUAAUAUUACAGAUGAAGGAGUAAAGAGUAUUUGUAGUGUCAUCAUGCAAGAUGAUUGUCAAGUAAAAGCCUUACACUUAAUUGGCAAUUUCAUAAUAACUACAGAAUGUAAGGAACGUGUAAAACAACUUGUAAAAAAAAACGAACCUGGUGUUGAAUUGCUUAUUUAGAUGAAUGAAAAAGAGAAUUAAACUGGAAUAUAUCUGUAA